UUCCCUGCUUCUCCAGUUCCAGCAAUCCCAACUUUCAGUUAUAUACUACAACAUACCAAAACGAAAAGCUAUUUCGUAAUUUCUAUACCUCUUAUAAUUUGCUUUUAAUCAUCUGUAAUUUCUCGCCUCUAUAGGAAAUACACAGUAGGCAGAGAGAGUAACUGCGGGAGUUAGAGAGAGAAAGGGCGGAGGACAACAGUGCCUUUGAAUAUGGAUGGAAUGUACGGUCUGCCCCCAACAGGAGGGUACUCGGACGAACCGUUGAUGACGCCUGACAAUCUCAUCCUUCCUUCCGAUUACCACAGUUUACUCGCAUCCUCCGACGGUUUUCGCGAUCGGAUUCCGCUUUUCGGAUCAGACGAGUUACUCUCCGCCGCUGCAUCUGCCAUAUCCGAGUCUGCCUCCAUCACUCCUGAAAUUCGACAGCAACAACAGCAGGAACUACGACAACGAGAGGGAGACACGUCCUUCAGCAUCAUCAAGGCCAAAAUUGCAUCUCAUCCGAGCUAUCCUCGCUUGCUUCAUGCUUACAUCGACUGCCAGAAGGUCGGGGCACCACCGGAAAUUGCGUGUUUGUUAGACCAAAUCCGUAGAGAAAACGAUCUCUGCAAGCAAGAUAUCGCUUCAACGUGCCUGGGAGAUGAUCCGGAGCUGGAUGAGUUCAUGGAAACCUACUACAAAAUGUUGACCAAGUAUAAAUCUGAUCUAGCAAGGCCGUUCGACGAAGCAACCACUUUCAUGAACAAGAUUGAAAUGCAGCUUCGUAAUCUCUGUACAGGUGCCACCAUUAGAAGCUUUUCGGAUGAAGGUGACAUAUCAUCGGAUGAGGAUUUUAGUGGAGGGGAAGUGGAUGUCCAAGAAUCUCAAGUGAGGGGUGAAGACCGUGAUCUUAAAGAUAAACUUCUCAGAAGGUUUGGAAGUCACAUUGGCCCAUUGAAGUUGGAGUUCUCCAAGAAGAAGAAGAAAGGAAAGCUUCCAAAGGAAGCAACACAAACCCUACUUGAGUGGUGGAAUGCUCAUUAUAAAUGGCCAUACCCUACGGAAGCUGAUAAGAUAUUUUUGGCUGAAACUACGGGGCUUGAUCAGAAGCAAAUCAAUAACUGGUUCAUCAACCAACGGAAGCGACAUUGGAAACCAUCGGAGAACAUGCAUUUCUCUGUCCUGGAUAAUCUUUCAGGACAAUUUUUUUCGACGGAUGAUUGAAGAGCAUGUACAUUCUCCACUAAUGUGGUAAACUAAUUUGCAUUGGAUUCAUGUACAUACUGCUAUGCAAACCUUUCUAGCAUUGACAUGCUUGAAACAAUAAAACUUUGUAUUUUGCUUGACAUGUAUAUUGCCUACUUUACUAUUAUAGUAUUGAUCAUAAUAAUAAAUGCUCAUUGAUCUGA